UAUGGGGAUCACAUAAAGAUAUGUGUGGACAAUACAUGUGAAAACCCAUGCGCAAGAUACGCACCUCACUUGAUGGUGUGCGACUGUCCUGCUAUUGACCAAGACACUGGUUUCGCUUCGGAUGACAGAUGUCAGCUUUGCUGCUACGACUUUAACUUGAAACCGACAAAUCGUCGAUGUCAAAACGCUUAUCGCAAUUAUAACGUGAUGGAUUUCUCUCAAAAACCCAUUUGGAGGGUAGGCUUGGAGUGUGCCGGUGGAAGAAUAUGUAACAAGUACGGAGUAUGUGCAUCCUACGAAAUGAGCUAUAUUCAUCUUGUAACUUUUACGCUAUUCAUGCAUUUAACUUGUUUCAGUGAGUGA